GAAAGGCCUCAUGAAGACCGUGCUUUGGCUGCUUUGGAUGUGAAGCAAUACCGGUACACCAUCAAAACCUUUAAGAUGGUCAAGACAGAAAAGAAAGGCCUGAAGCUCCACGAGAGCGUCGACAAUGUGGAAGAGCGGGAUUUCAAUGCCAUGGGGCUGGCCUUGUCUGGAGGCCCCCAGACCAAGAUGAUCACUAUCAGUGCGAUGGAGAUGCUCAAAGCCCAGUUGGAAGCAAUUGUCGACAACAGUGAGCGCACGGAGCUCAAGCAAGCUUACUUUGAGCAGGUGCGCAAGCUUCAGACCAACCUGGAGGAGAGCAAGAAGAAAUAUGUAUAUACAGUCCUUUUUGGAAAGGGAAGUGACCUGCCACCAGACAAUUUGGAAGUAAAAGCCGAAGAAUUGGCACAGCUUCAGCAAACCAUUGCUGCUGCCCACAGAGAGGUCAAGAAGCAGUUGUCUCCCAUCAAGAAGUGGGCAAGCAACCCUUCCAGCUGA